GAAAUCGUGUGCAAAUUCGGGCAGCAGAUUUCAGAUAAUUUCAACACCAAAUUACCGUCAAUUUCAAGCUAAAGUGACUAUUAGGUUUUCAGGAGUUUUCAUGAAGGCUGUGACGCUAGAUAGCAUCUAGCAGUGGCGACUCAAACUUCAAAUUCAAUACCAUUGACGAAUUUAUCACGUUUUAUGUUUACUUCAGUUUACUUACAAAUGGCAUAAUUAUUUUUGCCGGUGAAUUUAAAAUAAAAGAUAUUGAAUAAAACUAUAAUGAAGCUAGUAAGAUUUUUAAUGAAACUCAGUCAUGAGACUGUGACAAUUGAAUUGAAAAAUGGGACGCAAGUUCAUGGUACAAUUACUGGUGUUGAUGUAGCGAUGAAUACCCAUUUAAAAACGGUUAAAAUGACAAUUAAAAAUCGAGAUCCGGUGCAGUUAGAUACGCUAAGUUUGAGGGGUAACAAUAUUAGGUAUUACAUUUUGCCGGAUUCAUUGCCAUUAGAAACCUUACUCAUUGACGACACUCCAAAAGCUAAAGCAAAAAAGAAGGAAGCUGCAAGAGGUGCGACUCGAGGUCGUGGACGAGGUGGUCGAGGAGCUCGUGGUGGCCGUGGAGGACGUGGACGAGGUCGAGGUCGACGUUAGUAUUAAGAAUGUUUUCACAGCUAAAAUAAUUCUCCUUCUGAUUUAAAUAAUAACAUUUUUAAUAAUUUUUGUAACUGGAAAUACCUAAACUCUUCUACUUUCAUAAUUAAAAUUAAAUAUAAACAAAUUAAAAAAAAAAUGUAUUUAUAAUUUAAAUCUUAUGUUUUUUUUCUAUACUAAAUAAUUUAAAUAUUUAAUGCAAAAACAUAACUUUUAUAAUUUGUAAAGUUGCCAUUAUCAAGUAAGAUUAUUUUAUGGUAUAAUAUUUUAAGUUAUUAGUCCAUCAAAUUACCGUUGUAUAACAUAAAAUUCUGAGUUCCCGUGAUUCUAAUUUGAUUCGUAAAUUGCGAUUAUUGUAAAAGUGAAAAUGCGCGAUGUGCGUAAAACAAGUAUUCGUUGUGUUCUAAUUAACAAAUCAAACAGUAAUUAUAAAUGUAAGAAAUCCAAAAGACUUCCUUGAUAAACAUUUGAUCUAGCAUUA